CUAAAUACGGCGGUUAUAUCCGCUGGCCGAUCGCCGCCGCCGCGGCCUGGAGGAUCCCUUCAGUCUCGUCAAACAGCAGCUGAGCGUCUGCCAUGUCGCCGCUUGCACCAUCAUGGCCCUCCUCCUCGCGUCCGGCUGGUUGGUCCUGGCAGGCACCGUGCUGGCCCAGGACGCCUUCGACCCCCUCGCAUACGUCGACCCCCUGAUCGGGGCCAGCAAUGGCGGCAACGUCUUCCCCGGUGCUUCUCUGCCGUACGGCAUGGCCAAGGCCGUCGCCGACACCAAUAGCCCCAGCCGGCAGGGCGGCUUCACUCUGGACGGCUCCCCCGUGACCGGCUUCAGCAUGAUGCACGACAGCGGCACCGGCGGCAGUCCGAGCCUGGGCAACUUCGCCCUGUUCGCCUACACGAACUGCCCGGGCGGGGACAUCGACCGCUGCGUCUUCCCCAAGAAGGCCCGCGCCGCCUUUGGCAGCUUUCGCAACACCAGCGUGUCUGCGAAGCCCGGCACCUUCGGCAUCACGCUGGACACCGGCAUCCGGGCCGAGAUGACCACGACCCAGCACGCUGCGCUCUUUAGCUUCACCUUUCCUUCUGUCGGAGCCGACGACGAGCCGGCCAAGCCACUGAUUCUGCAGGAUCUCACGGAUCUGGCCGACUCGAGGCAGGACAAUGCCUCCGUGGCCGUGGACCCAACGACAGGACGCAUCACGGGGAGCGCCCGCUUCUUGCCGAGCUUCGGUACCGGGAAUUUCGUCUUGCACUUCUGCACCGACUUCCAUGGUGCCGGUGUACUCGACAGUGGCAUCUUUGUUGAUAGCAGGGCCAGCACCGCCGUCCAGAACUUGACAAUCUCGAGGUCCAUCAACGGCUAUCCGCUUCCCGGCGGCGCUUUUGUCAGGUUCAACUCGGCCGCCGAACCUAUCCUCGUCCGGACUGCUACCAGCUUCAUCAGCGUCGAACGGGCGUGCGAGCAUGCCGAGACCGAGAUCCCGGACUUUGACUUCACUGCUGUUUCCGAGGCUGCGACGGCGGCCUGGAGGGAAAAGAUGAGCCCGAUCAGGGUGUCGACAAACAAGGUGGACGGCUCCAUGUUGACAAACUUCUACAGCGGCAUCUACCGGACCAUGAUCAACCCACAGAACUACACGGGCGAGAAUCCGCUCUGGUCCAGCGACGAGCCGUACUUUGACUCGUUCUACUGCAUCUGGGACCUAUUCCGAUCACAACUCCCGCUUUUGACCAUCACGGAUCCCACCGCGGUUACCGAAAUGAUCCGCUCACUAAUCGACACUUACCGCCACCUGGGAUGGCUGCCGGAUUGCCGGAUGAGUCUCAGCAAGGGCUACACCCAGGGUGGGUCCAAUGCCGACGUCGUGCUUGCGGACGCCUACGUCAAGGGGUUGCAGGGUGGAAUCAACUGGGACGAUGGGUACGCCGCCGUCGUGAAGGACGCCGAAGUUGAACCCUACGACUGGUGCUGUGAGGGGCGUGGAGGCCUGGACAGCUGGAAGUCCCUCGGCUACAUUCCGGUCCAAGACUUCGACUACAAGGGAUUUGGCACCAUGACCCGGAGCAUCUCGCGCACGCUCGAAUACGCCUACAACGACUUUUGCAUCUCCCAGAUGGCCGAAGGCCUCGGUAAGACCAGCGACAAGGAGAAGUACCUCGAGUCGAGCGGCAACUGGCAAAACCUCUUCAAGGCCGACCAAGUCUCCACUUGGUGGAACGGCACCCAGACAGGUUUCACAGGCUUCUUCCAGCCGCGGUACCUGAACAAGACGUGGGGCUAUCAAGACCCCCUGAACUGCAGCAACCUCGACUCGUUCAGCGUCUGCUCUCUGCAAAACACCGGCCGCGAGACCUUUGAGAGCAGCAUUUGGGAGUACGGCUUCUUCGUCCCGCACGACCAAGCCUCCCUCAUAACCCUCUACGGCGGCCCGGCGAGCUUCGUGUCCCGGCUCAACUACCUGCACGACCGGUCCAUCACGUUCAUCGGCAACGAGCCGGCCUUCCUCACCGUGUUCCAGUACCACUACGCCGGCCGCCCGGCGCUCUCGGCGCUGCGCUCGCACUUCUACAUCCCGUCCUCCUUCCGGCCGACGCCCGACGGCCUGCCGGGCAACGACGACAGCGGCGCGAUGGGCGCGUUCCUGGCCUUCGCCAUGAUCGGCCUGUUCCCGAACCCGGGCCAGGACGUCUACCUGAUCACGCCGCCCUUCUUCGAGGAGGUCAACGUGACGCACCCGCUCACCGGCCGCACCGCCCGCGUGCGCGCCCUCGGCCUCGACCCGCCGGCCUACGCCAACCUGUACAUCCAGAGCGCCACGCUCGACGGCCGCCCCUACUCCCGCAACUGGCUCGACCACAGCUUCUUCACCGAGGGCAAGGAGCUGGUCCUCACCCUCGGCCGCAACGAGAGCGCCUGGGGCACCAGGGUCGAGGAUCUGCCGCCGAGUCUGGGCAAGUAUCUGGGGUUCGGCGCGGUGAAUGGCUCGGUUGCGCGGCGGUCGGCGCCCGCGGGGCUCUGGAAGCGGGGGGCUGAUAAGGGCGGGCUUGCCGGGUGGAUGGAUAAGCUGGGGAUGUGAGAUGGGCGGGUGGAACGGUGGACUGGGGCUUCUGGUUCUUUGAUGCG